GCGAGGGACACUGCCCAGCUUCUGCUCUGCUCCUGUCUCCUGUCCCCUCCCCCGGCCAUGACAGAGACCCGUGAGCCAGCUGAGACUGGGGGCUACGCCAGCUUGGAAGAAGACGAUGAGGACCUUUCUCCAGGCCCUGAGCAUUCCUCUGACUCGGAAUACACUCUCUCAGAGCCAGACUCCGAGGAGGAAGACGAGGAGGAAGAGGAGGAGGAGGAGACCACUGACGAUCCCGAAUAUGACCCCGGCUACAAGGUGAAGCAGCGCCUGGGUGGGGGCCGUGGGGGCCCGUCCCGGCGGGCCCCCCGUGCGGCCCAGCCUCCCGGCCCCCCAGCCCAGCCCUGCCAGCUCUGUGGCCGCUCACCCCUCGGGGAGGCCCCGCCGGGUACCCCACCUUGCCGGCUCUGCUGCCCUGCGGUAGCCCCCCAAGAAGCACCAGUCCCUGAAAGCCGGGCCCUUGGGGAGGAAGAGGGGGGGGCGCCUCGGGCUGGGGAGGGCCGACCCACCGGGAGGGAUGAGGAGGAGGAAGAGGAGGAAGAGGAGGGCACCUACCACUGCACAGAGUGUGAAGAUUCCUUUGACAGCCUCGGGGAGCUGCACGGGCACUUCAUGCUGCAUGCCCGCGGGGAGGUGUAGGCAGAGCCCCACCCGGGGCGCCUGGUAGAGGGGUGGGGUGGGGCGGGUGGCG